UUUUGCAAACAUACUUCGCAAACAUGUCACUGAUAUUCCACACAGCUUAAAAGUAAGUACAAGUAUGUAUAUCUGAACUCAGCGAUCUGAAGCCACAGUGAAUAGUUCCUCUGUCAGAACAAGCUGUUUGGAGCGUUUGAUGCCCGUAUGUACAUGAUGAACACCACUGAUCCUCACAAACACGCGAGCAUCCGUUAUAAAACACUCGCUGUAUUCAACUACGUGAAUAUAUUGAGCUGUAUUCAAGCAGAAAUAAGUUAUAGUGAUCAGUGCGCCGACAGCGCACAUAUAUACACGGUUCGUUUGCGCAUCAAAUAACGGACACAACGCGCGCCUAAUGCACGAUCCUGUAUGUCACUGUAAUCAUCUUUACCUUGAUUACAAUCGUCAUCCAUUAAAACUUUAGGCUACUAGUGUGACACUGGCUUCUUUUAUCCAGCCGAGAGCUGUGUUUGCGUAUCAUAUGAUCAUACAGCGGUUAUGAGCCGCCCUUCAUUCUGUAUUGCACACAGCGCGAUGAGGAAAGGUUUGCUGGACUGAAACACAGAAUACGUUGAGAGGUGGUGCUGUUAUUUAUUUAUAUAUAUUUUUGCAUUAUCAUAGUCAUAACAUUAGUGAAUAUAUUAUAUAUUAGUUUUAAGUUGUCUCGCGACAACUACUGACCUAAAGCGCGAUCUACCAGCCUUCGCGAUCGACCUAUUGCGGGCACCCCUGAACUACAUGUAUGUAUGUAUAUAUCCAGCAACUUUCUUAACUUGUAAAUAUUUAUUUUAACAUAAGAAGUUGAACAACUGAGACAUGAACUGAACAAGUGUAACAGGUGUUUGACAAACAGAAAUGGAAUAAUCAGUCCCUCAAUUCUUUUUAAAAUAAUUCUCUUAUUUUCCGUAAGGCUGCAUUUAUUUAAUCAAUAAGACAGUAGGAUUGUCAAAUAUUAUUACAAUUUAAAAUAUCUUUUUACAUAAUAUAAUGUUAAAUAAAAAAUGUUAAAUGUAUUUUAUUCUUUUCAGCAGUCAUUACUCCAGUCUGAAGUGUCACAUAAUCUUUCAUAAAUCAUUCUAAUAUGAUGAUGGUGCUUAAGAAACAUUUAUUACCAUUUUUGAAAACAACUGCACUGCUUCACAUUUUCAGGAUUCUUUGAUGAACAGAAAGUUCAAAGAAUAUCAUUUAUUUGAAAUUGAAAACUUUUGUCAUGUGUUUACUAUUGCUUUUUAUUCAUUUGUAUCCUUGCUUAAAAAAGUAUUACUUUCUUUCAAAAUUUCAACUCAAACAUUUGAACAUCAGUAACUUGCAUUUCGUUAUUUGCAUUUGUUUUGUUUUUUGUUUUUGGCCUGCUGUGACCUGUUUAUCUGAGAUUCCUUUUUGUCCUUUCAUUGAUGCCAUAGUUGCUGUGUCCGUGUUUAAUUGAGGAUUGUCUUGGAUUAGCUGUUUGAGAAAGCCUUAAUCUGUUUGAGUCACUGAGACACAGUUUAUGAGAGAAGAGCUGAGGGUAAUCACAGAGAGUGCUAGGCAACAGAUGCACCUGAGUUAGUUAACCUGAGAGAAACGUUCAAGGAAAACUAGAUCUCUUUGGGCAAAGACUUUAGAUGGACAGUGAGGGUGUUAAAGAACGACAGAGUGAGGAAGACAUGGAGCAGGAAAUGUCCUCUGAGAAAGACGAGGACAGCGAACCAGAGGAGGAUGAGGAGGAAAUGGCAGAGAUGCAGGACAGAGGGGAUCUGAGGGACAUGGAGCUCUGGAAUGGGUUUAUUUCGGGAGCAGGACUGGCAGCUGAGGAAGAUGCGCUUCUGGACUGGAAGCCAGGUGACCCUGUGACCCCUCAGUAUGUCCUCAGGCUACCAGGAUACACAGACGACUACCUGUGCUCCCCAGAAGACAACAUCUACAAUAUUAGCUUCUCACGAUUCAAAAUAAGAGACCUCGAAGGUGGAUCGGUCAUUCUGGACCUAAAACGACACUGUCCGACAGAAAUAAAGGAUGUGAUAGAGCUGGAUGCAGGCCGUUUCAUUCGGUAUCAUUUCAGUCCUGCAUUUCUCAGUCUAAGGGAAAUUGGAGCCACGCUUGAGUUUACAGUGGGUGGUAAGGCAGUCAACAAGUUUCGGCUGAUUGAGAGGCAUUACUUCAGGGAUUUGCUGCUGAAGACGUUUGACUUUGAGAUCGGUUUCUGUAUCCCACACAGCAGAAACACCUGUGAACACAUUUACUGCUUACCAGAUCUGGAUUCACACACAAUUGAGGAGAUGAUCAACCACCCUUUUGAGACGCGGUCAGACAGCUUCUACUUCACCAAUAACACACUAAUCAUGCAUCAUAAGGCAGAGUACUCCUUCAGCCAGGGGCUGGAGCUCAGUGAGAUACAAACCUAAACAUCAAUCACAGUAUGGCGGCAGAAGACUGGUAAUAUGAUAUACAGAGUAGUGCUGUAUAUUUGGUUUCAUAAACCAUAAACUAUAUAUAUAAACUAGGAAAAGGCAUUUUACAGAUGUUUGUGCUGGAGAGAUGUUGUGUUGCUUGCACACUAAUAAAAGACCUUUAUCAGAAAACAUGCUGGAGAUUUGAUGUUUUGUCAACUCAGCAAGAAUAGAUGGGGUAAAGGGAAGCCCUGAUGAUGAUUAAGAGAACAAACAUCUUGAGGAUCCAUAACAUGCCUGGUUUAUUUAUUUAUUGCAAUUAAUGUUUCCCUUUAUUCAUUCACU